GCAAAGUUUCCCACUCUUCUUCAAAGCAAUAUCAAAUAACCAGCCGUGUUAUAAUGGAAGGAAUCAGCUCUCUCUUGGUUGCAUACGCCCUCUUGGCCUUUGCUUGCUUCUUGGCCUCGGCGUUUGACCCCAGUCCUCUCCAGGACUUCUGUGUGGCUGAUGACCCCAAGAAUGGCGUGUUUGUUAAUGGGAAGUUCUGCAAGGACCCAAAGCUCGCUGUAGCAGAUGACUUCUUCUUCUCCGGCCUCAACAUGCCCGGAAACACAUCAAAUCUAGUUAGAUCGAAUGUAACUACUGUCAAUGUUGAUCAAAUUCCAGGACUUAACACUCUCGGCAUAUCUCUUGUUCGAAUUGACUACGCACCUUAUGGUGGCCAAAACCCUCCCCACACUCACCCUCGAGGAACUGAGAUCCUGGUUGUGGUACAAGGCACACUUUAUGUUGGCUUUGUUACAUCCAAUCCGGAGAACCGUCUAAUCACUAAAAUCCUAUAUCCCGGAGAUGUUUUCGUUUUCCCGAUUGGUUUGAUCCACUUCCAGUUCAAUAUAGGAAACACUCCGGCCGUUGCCUUUGCCGGUCUGAGCAGCCAAAAUGCAGGGGUUAUCACCAUUGCUAGCGCUGUGUUUGGCUCGAACCCACCAAUCAACCCGGAUGUUCUCACAAGGGCCUUCCAAUUGGAAAAGAAUGUGGUUACACAUCUGCAGUCACUCUUCUAAAGAGACACCUCAAAAACUAGAAGCUUGUUGCUUGUUUUGAAUAACUUUUCCACUCAUUUUCCUGAUU